AUGGAAGCACCAGGAUCAUCGAAGCCCAUGAUCGCAACGCAGGCGGAGAUGGUGGAAGCGAGAGUUCCCAUGGCCUACAGAGACCAGUGCGCGCACCUUCUCAUCCCGCUCAACAAGUGCCGCCAGGCCGAGUUCUAUUUGCCCUGGAAGUGCGAGAACGAGCGUCAUUCCUACGAGAAGUGCGAGUACGAGCUUGUGAUGGAGAGGAUGCUCCAGAUGCAGAAGAUUCGGGAACAGGAGGCCAAGUUGAAACAGCCAAACAAAGGAGGUGUUGCUAUCGGUCUCAUCCCCAAGACUGCCAAUGCCUAG